GCCUUCACCAGAAGUACUGGCGCCAAAGCUUCAACUUCAAUGGCCCCAUAACUCUCAACACUUUCAUUGUCGAUAUUAAAUCAUCUCCAUUUCGCGCCUCUACAGAAUCAACAUCUCUUCUCCUUCUUCUCCGGAUUGAUUUUCCUUUGCUUUAAUGGCCGCCGCUGCUGCUGCUCUGGAUCCUUCCUCCCUGCAAUUCACGCCGACUUGGGCCGUGGCUGCGGUUUGCUUUAUCUUCAUCUCCCUCUCCCUCUUCCUCGAGCAUUUGAUUCAUCUCCUCUCCAAUUGGUUGAAGCGGAAGAGGAAAACGGCAUUGUUCGAGGCCGUUGAGAAGCUGAAAUCAGUUUUGAUGCUUCUAGGGUUCAUGUCGCUAACUCUGACGGUUACGCAACAGCCAGUAUCGAAGAUUUGCAUUCCGAAUAGCGUAGCGUUUACGAUGCUUCCGUGCCAGAGAGAAAUACAGAUCAAAGCGAAUAAGAAUUUGGAGAUGGAGCAAUUGCGAUCGUCUAGUAGCGGUGAUUCUUCUUCUUCUUCUUCUUCUUCUGAUUACUGUAGUGCGAAGGGGAAGGCGUCGCUGAUAUCGCAAGGAGGAAUGAAUCAAUUGAACAAUUUCAUAUUCGUGUUGGCAGCUAUGCAGAUUCUUUACAGCCUUCUCACCAUGGCGUUAGGAAAGGCCAAGAUGAGACGCUGGAAAGCUUGGGAAGAAGAAACUCAUACAUUGGAUUAUCAAGUGGCCAAUGAUCCGCAUCGCUUUAGAUUUACAAGGCAAACAACAUUCGGACGUCGGCAUAUCAGUUCUUGUGCAACACCACCAUUUCUUCUCUGGAUAAAAUGCUUCUUGAGACAGUUCUUUCGUUCGGUGGCCAAAGUCGACUACUUGACCCUUCGCCAUGGUUUCAUCUCGACUCAUAUACAGGGAAAUACUUCCUUCAACUUUCAAAAAUAUAUUGAGAGAUCAUUGCACGAUGAUUUCAAAGUCGUGGUCGGCAUCAGUCCUUUCAUGUGGCUUAUGGUAGUCAUCUUCAUUCUUGUAGAUGUUCAUGGUUGGAAUGCGUAUCUCUGGGUGUCUUUCCUUCCACUAAUUAUAGUGCUAGCUCUUGGAACAAAACUUGAAGUAAUAGUAGCAAGGCUUGCCCUUGAGCUUCAAGACAAGACCGAUGUGAUCAAAGGAGCUCCAAUGGUGGAACCUAGUGAUGAUCUUUUCUGGUUCAAUCACCCCAAAUUUGUUCUCACCCUUCUUCAUUUCACUUUGUUCAUGAACGCCUUUGAAUUUUCGUUUUUCAUCUGGGUUACGCUACAAUAUGGGAUAAAAUCUUGCUACCACGAACACUUGGAGGUCAUCAUCAUAAGAGUCGUCUUAGCGGUCACCGUCCAAGUGUUGUGCAGCUACAUUACUUUACCUCUUUAUGCUCUGGUCACACAGAUGGGGUCACAGUUCAAAGCUGCAGCAUUAGAAGAACACACCGCCAAAGCCAUAAAGCAAUGGCACAAAGAUGUGAAGCAAAGGAGAAAGAAGCAUCACCAUCACUAUCACCAUGACCUCGAUUCGAGUUUGCACCAGGAAGGAUCGUCUCAUUCCACGGUCACCGAGCGUCAGUCGUCGAGAGUUUUCGAGAGCAGCAGCAGCAGCAGAACCCUAAGCUCCCAAGAGAUGGUGAGCUCUUUCCAUCACCGAGCUCCUACUUUCUCUGAGCUCAACAAUCUUGAUAUUAUUGAGUCUAAUGAGAUAGUUGAAGUACCAACGAAGAUAAAAAUAAGAGAAAUUAAUGAAAUUAGUGAAAUUCAUCAAAGGACUUAGGAACAUAAACUGAAUCCAAGAUUAGCAAGUGAAUGCUGCUGGCAGAAACCCAAGAUAAUCUUUUGACUUCAAUAAUAUCUCCCAUAACUUCAGUUCAGUUCAGUUCAAUUCAAGAAUUUAUGGUACAACAAACGAAAUCCUCACAUGCAUUCCCAUAAGGAU